CCAGCCCUGAUUCGUGGCGUGAUAUCGUUGCGGGUCGAGCUCGCGAAUCAAAAGUCGUACGAUCGGGCAGACGAAAUCAGUUUCGGGCUAACUGGGUCACCCGGAGCAGUAAGGAGCCGUUGCUUGCCCCAUUGCCCAAAAGAAAGGGACCCAGGUGAAGUUUACGUCGUUCAGAUAUGGACCUCACACCCAUUUUCCGACUCGAGCACGCUGCUUUCUGGUUCUCCGUGGAGUUGCUCGUUGCUGCGCUUGGGGGAAAAAAAAAUAUUCGACGCAUGCGCUGACUUUCGCUAGCCUGUUCUACCCGACGCGAUCAUGCCAUGCUUGAUCGAUGCCGUCAAGUGCUUGGACGUGCUUAUGGAAUGUUCGGGCGCUAGGUGCUGAAAUGAUGCAUAUAAAAACGUGGUUUCACGGCAGCAGCAGCAGCAGCAGCAGCAGCUAGACUUAAGACAUUGAAUUGAGAUACCCGCACGACUCCUAGAAAGAACCUUACAGUUUCUCACGAUAUCAGCGUCCUGCCCUCUUUUGCUGCACUUGGCUUAUACCACCUAGACUACUUCUGUAUACUCUUUACUGUCCUGCAACACCUUCAUCAUGCCUCUGACCCCCGAACAAAAGGCUCUGGUCAAAGCCACCGUGCCUAUUCUGGAGAAAUAUGGAGAGACGAUCACCGCCACCUUCUACAGGAAUCUUCUUCGUGACAACCCCUCCUUCAGGAACAUUUUCAACUCGGCGAAUCAGGCACACAUGGCGCAGCCCAAGGCGCUGGCGCACUCGGUGUACGCCUACGCAAAGCAUAUUGACGACCCUUCAGUGCUUGGUCCCACAAUUGAGCUCAUAGCCAACAAGCACGCGAGCUUGCUCGUCCGAGCAGAGCAUUAUCCGAUCGUGGGGAAGUACCUGCUCGGGGCCAUGGCAGAGGUUCUCGGCGAUGCACUGACCCCUGACGUCGUGGAUGCUUGGACAGUGGCAUAUGGCGAGCUUGCGGACGUCUUCAUCAAAGUCGAACAGGAUCUCUACAACCAGACGAACGGCUGGACCUACUGGAGGGAAUUCAGGAUCACGAAGAAGGUUGUCGAGAGCACCGAGAUCACGAGUUUCUGGCUGGCGCCCGUGGACGGUCAGUCCCUACCAGAAUUCAAGCCAGGUCAAUACGUUUCUGUCAUGAUCGAUGUCCCCAGCCUGGGACACGCCCAGACACGACAAUACUCGCUGAGCGACGCGCCGCUGGCGGACCACUGGCGCAUCAGCGUCAAGAAGGAGGCCGGUUUGAACGCCAACGACCCUGCUUCUGCCACGGCGCCGGGUCUGGUCAGCACGCUGCUUCACGACACCAAAAACGAAGGGGAUAUAAUCAAGCUCAGCCACCCCAUGGGCAACUUUGUGCUCGACAGUCUCGAUGCGACGGAUGACAAACCGCUGGUUCUGAUCUCAGGAGGCAUUGGGCAGACCCCGUUGACGUCGAUCCUCAACUCUCUGGUGUCACGGUCCGUCGAGCGACCGAUCUCGUGGAUCCACGCGGCGCGGGCUGCCGAUGUCCGAGCCUUCGCGUCGGACAUUGACAACAUCGCGAAGACGAAGAAGAACGUUCGGGCCGUCUUUUUCGACGCAACGCCUCGGAAUGGGGCCAUGGGCGAGAACCUGGCGGCUCGCCAGGAGGGCAAGUUUGAUCUCAGCAAAGUCGACAAGCAGGAGGAGUUGUUUCUGUCUCAGGACAAGACCGAAUACUAUGUGUGUGGGCCGACAGGGUUCAUGCUGGAAGUCGAGCGCGCUUUGGUCCAGUACGGCGUGGACCCAGGUAGGAUUCACAUGGAGUUGUUUGGGGUUGGAGGUGUCCCUCGAGUGACUGCCUAGAACUGGAACGGACGCCGCGACGUUUGCCUUUAUUUUGCCUUCGUCUUCCUUGAUCAGUAUAGCGACGGCCGAUUCUUAACAACGCCGGGUCAACGAGGUGACCGCAGGUACUGUAGUAUAGAUUAGUAUAGCCUUCUUCUUCCUCGCUCCUCAUGAACGAAUGUAACGAUGCGUGUGCAACUUCUACGUGCCAAGACUCGUGCGCAAAAAUUGGUUCUUAAGAUGAAGGCGUAAAAAAAAUUUUUUAAAAAAAAAUAAAAAAAAAAAUAAGGACUGGAAGCCGACGGCUUCCGACCGUG